GGCCGCUUUGGCGCUCUGCUCCAUGACGGGACACAUUGAAAACAGGCAGAUCUGUCUGAUAUUGAUCGGAUGCAUCCAGCUCUGCGUGUGUGCUCUGGAGAAGUGCUUAUGGUGCGCUCGCGGCGCGCUGCUUAUAAACCUGCGCGCGCGUCAUCGGUGUGAUUGACAGGUGCGCUGCGCGUGUAUCCGGAGCAGUGCGCGAUGAUAUGUGCCAGCUCUCUUAAUGAGCACCACAGCUGCGAUGAAGUCUGUUCGCUGGGCUCUAUAGGUCAGAGUAAGUUUAAAUAAAGAAAGAGAAAAUACAACUAAUCUAAAUGAAAAUACAACAGCCUACAGUCAUUUAUUAUUAAUGCAUGCAAUAUUGAAGGAUUUCUAAAGGUUAAAAAGCAGAUUUCAUACGCUUUCAUUUUUUUUUUUUUUCUGAUAAAUACAUAAAUAAAUAAAGCUUUUGAAUGAGUCCUCUUUUAGCGGUUUCUUGUCACGUGACACUAAAUGGCUCCCUUUAAGCUACAUCUUUUUUUUUUUUUUGUCUUUUAGGAAUCUACUAUACUUUUUGAAACAUGAAAACAACUAGAAAAUUUACUGUUCCACAUUAUUGAUCGAAUAAACAAAAACAAUUAAGCAAAUGGAAUUUCAAAACAGUGUUUUUUAUGUCGUUUAUGCAUUUUAUUUUUCCUCAUUUGAAUCUGUGAUCUAAAGCAACUAAGAUUUGAAAACGUUCCUCAUCUUUAACACUUAGCUCAUCUUACACUUGUUUAUUUUGUGUUUUGCUCUGACUGACGCGCGCGCACGAUCCCAUCGCGUUCACCGGCGGCGCGCUGCACCCGUUUCCACGGCAACGCGUCUGCACGCGGAAGUGAGGCGCUGUAAACAGACGCAGGCUCUCUUCUGCAGUAACACACCUGCUGGGUUUCACCGCAGUCUGAGCUGUUAUCUUGUUUAUCUUGUGUUAUCUUGUUUGUUUGAUUGUUGGAGGUCAGGCUUCAUGGCGAGUGUCGGGAAAACAAGCAGUAGGAUUAAUAAACGAGAAACGAGAUCUCCAUCAGAUAAGAAGCUGCUGGAAAGCUGUGAGGAGAUCUCAUCAUCAUCCUCAUGUGUGUGUGAGGAAGAUCACAGCCCCGCUCUGAACGGACACGACAUCCAGAGUCUGGCCAUCACAGCUCAAGACCUGGAGAGGCUGCGAGUCCCUAAACCUCCGUCCGAUUCCCAGAAGCCUAACUCGAUGACCCGUGUUUACGUCCGUAAGACACGCCCCCUAGACGAGGUCAGCAGAGCAGUUAGAGUCACCGUAGCGAGGCCCCUCCCACUUGAUGUUGCCCCGCCCUAUCAAUUUGAAUAUGCAGUUCCCGGUGGGCCGCGGUUUGACGUGCAGGGGAUGGUGCUGCCACACAGCAUUCUGGGAAGCCUGGAGGAUUUCAGGACAGAGAUGCAUAUGCGAGGAGAAACAGAGCUGGUGCAGAGGAUUCCAGAGCGACAGGAACCGCCCCCUCUGUGGCUGGAGGAUGAGGAUGAGGACAAUAUGACACAUUCAGAAACUGGGCGGGGCCAUCAGAGCCACGCCCUCCAGCACUGGGGCCGUCACAUGACAGAGAGACGCAGACAGCAGGACUUCAUCUCACGGUUCCUGCAGAAGCCCACGGGGUCUUUACUGAUGAACCGCUCCAGCUCAUUCAGACGGGUUCAGGAGCAGAGGGAUCUGAUCAGCACAGCUCUGCCCGCUGUCAGCGCAGGACACGGUCAUCGUGUGGGCAGUGAGUUCUGGAGCGUCCCGCAGCAUUACGGGGACGAGAUGAGCGGGAUCACAGCCACUCUCACCCAAACUGAGAGAGGGAAGCGUCCCGCCGUCACACGCGUGGCUCAGCCGCUCAGCACACGCCUGGAGUCAGGUAAUGUGGCGUGUGAGGAGGGGAACAGCGGCUGGGAUCAGAGUGUGUACCUGCAGCAGCGUCUUCAGGAGCUCAAGGACGUGCUGAGAGACUUCAGUCCUGAGGCUGAUGGUCUGGAGGUGGUCGGCUCUGGUCUUCCUGUGUCUCCACGCUCUCCUCUGCCGGACGAGAGAGAGGACGAGGAUGAAGAGCAGAAGGAGAACCAAUCUCCUCUGGAGCUGUAUGAGGACGUGCUGACGGAGGUGGAGCUGCGUCCCGCUCUGAGGGUGUGUGGAGAUCUGGCGCUCUGGACCGGCAGCACUUCCUCCCAGCAGGGGCAGCAGGGCAUCUCUGUCAGGCUGAUGUUUGAGACGGUCACAGGACAGAGUGUGAGCGCUGAUCUGGAGCUAAAGAAUGAAGGAAGUACUACGAUUUACUACAGCUGGGAGAGACUGACGCAAACACACACACUCACUCAACACUUCUACUUCAACAGCACUACAGCGGUGAUUCUGCCCGGCUGCACUAAACACAUCAGCUUCAUCUUCAAGAGCGCGUCUGCGGGCAUCAUGACUGAAGUCUGGCGUCUGCACACACACCCGCUGCUGAUGGGCGGAGCUUCACUGCGGGUCACUCUGAGGGGCGUGGCUUUAGAGCAGGACAACAGCGCCCUGCAGAGAGCCGCGCUGGAGAAGGAGCUGGAGCAGAAAGUGUCCGUGUCGCUGUGUGGACGGAUGGUCAGGGAUCUGCUGAGAGGAGUUCACACUCCAGAACGCCCCAGUUCUCCUGCUGACCUCUACAUCACAGACGAGGAGCUGUUCAACACACUCAACCCUCGCCUGCAGUACCGGCGCGAGGCUGUGGAGGCGCUGCGGGGCCUGUGGGAGCAGGUCAGGGGGUCAGGAGACGCUCAGCCCUGGGAUCUGUCUCUGAACACACUCGGACAGCUGCUGUUGUCUGUUACUGAGAGCGACGGCGAGAGCAGAGAGACGAGUCUGAGCCGCUUUAACUCUCUGAUCCUGGAGCUGCAGCAGCCGCAGAUACACAGCACACCUGUGCCAGCGCGAGACCUCGGUGUGCAGUUAUGGAGGGAGCUGCUGGACGGUCUGGUCUGUGAGUCUGUGAGACUGAGACACUCGCUGGACCUUCAGGAGAACAACAGCUGGACAGACACCACUGAGCAGGACGAGGAGCGGAGAGGAGGAGUCCAGCUGAUGAAGGACGAGAGGAGACGCAUGAGUGUGAGAGAGCUGGAGGAGACCCGAGCAGUGCAGGAAGCUGGGAGCACGAGGAAACAUGUGCGAGAGGAGAAGAACACAGACCCUAGCUUCACUACUGAUCACACACACACACUUCAGGACAGAUACAGAGCGCUGCUGCACACUCAGGUGUACGUGCUGAUGGAGAGGAUGGUGGAUUCUCUGUGUGAUUUACUCGAUGACACUCAACACACUCCUCAGAGAGUGUACUAGACACAGUUCUUCCGUCUGUCUUCAUUUACUGUCUAAAAAAAAGUCAUUUUCCUGUCAAGAAGAACCUUUGUUGUGUUUCUCGAUGUGUUUGCAUGUAAGUUUUAAACUAGUCGUUCUUAAACAACUGAAAGGUGAUUCACUUUGAUUAAUGAGGUAAUCUAUAAGCUUGUCCAUCAAGCAUUUCAUGUCUGAAUGGCUGAAUCUAUCUGACCGUCUUUAUUAAUGACCACUCAAAGUUAUCGCUAUAUUUCUGCUGUAAUAAACAUUUAAACUGGAAAUACUUCAGUAUUUUAUGAAAACUGCACCAUCAUACUGUACAUGAAAAAAAUAAAGUAAUUUAAAUAGA